AUGCUUCCAGUCCUUCCUCACCCACUGACGGCUGGUUCGGCCCAUCCGUUCUCUUUGCCAGCAAGCCUUGGAUCUUGUGCAAGCACGAUUAACUCCAAAUUGGAUUCUUGGUCUCGCCAUAGCAAUAUGGCUCAGCAUCCCAUGUACGGACCCCAGGCAGCCUCGCCCAUUGUCUAUCACCAAAGGUCACCAUCUACACCCCAUGGAUACGGUUACGGAGAAGAUCGUCAAGCCCACCUAGGGUCAAUGGACUACGAUCCCCAGGCUCGUUACGGAGCUCCAGUUCCUCUAGAUGCCCGCAACCACAUGAUGAGUCCCUCGAUGGGACGGCUCUCCUACCCUCCGGCGGGACAGCCAGUGCAACCACCCAGGACCCAUGACUGGAGCCACCCGGCCCACCUGCCUCGAGAUGCCCUGAGGCGGGACCUUGGAGUAAUGAACCCGGAGAAUCCAGAGUAUGUCAUGGAAAGAAACAGCCGGCGAGCUGCCGAGAAGCCCAGAGGAAACACACACUACCACUCCCAGAGGCGGACCUCCAACCGGGAUGAAUUUGAUGGCCCGCAUCAGUUCUUGGAGCCACCUUCCGCACAGGCCGUUGCAGCCCAGGACAAGGAGCUCCCCCAGCUCCCUACUAACCUCGAUGCCUCGGAGCAGGACAAUAUCUUGCACAAGGUGAACGACCGCCUGUCCCAGUGUGCCUAUGACUUCAUCGCGAAGUACCAAUUCCGAGUCCCCAUCGAGCAGGACAAGAGACCUGUUAAGGUUCCCUCAGACCGCGAGUGGACCGAGUGGGUACACCUGUUGAAGCGACUGGCGACUACGCGGCGCAUCCCCGCCCAUCUUUUGUACAACCGCCAGAUCAAGCAGCUGAUCACUGUCUUGGAGAACUCGCUAGAGAUGCGCCAUGCUGCCAAGCACCAAUCCAGACCCGUCAAAGAUGACCGCAAUGUGCUGCAACUCAUCUCUGCAGGGAUCCAGGUAGCCAAGAUCCUCAAGGAUGCCAGCGCCAUGCAGUUCCUCGAUUGUCUUUAUGUGGACACCGAGAAACUGAUCCUCGAACGACGCGGUCGUCGUGUGAGAUUCGCAGCCCCUUGA